AUGGCCACCCGACUAGAUAAGAAGCUCCUCUCGGCCGGGAACAAUGCGGACUACCCCAAGGCCGGCGACGAAGUCACGAUCGAGUACACUGGUUGGCUGUACGAUGCGUCGAAGGCCAACGCAGAUUACAAGGGCAACCAAUUCGACAGCUCAGUCGGCCGCGGAGAUUUCAAAACUCAGAUCGGCGUCGGUCGAGUCAUUCAAGGCUGGGAUCAAGGUGUGCCGCAAAUGUCUCUGGGCGAGAAGAGCAGAUUGACGAUUCCAGGGUAA